GAGGAAAUAGGUCCGCUGACAGCGGAGUCUGCGCAUUUCGCGUCACUCCGAACUUUCGGGAGAACCGCACAGGAAGAAGGUGGAGGUCUGCGCCAUUUUUACUUUUCUGGUCCCUGUAGAUUAUGGACUCGGCGCUCAACUGUGUUCAGAUGGACUCUCCAGAAAGGAGUACGAUGAUGGAGCCGAGCGCCGCGGAAGUCAUGUGGGGUGAAGAGGAUGAAGAGUUUUCACAGAGAGGAGUAAAGGAAGGGUUAAAACCCAAACCCAGGUUCUCAUACACAGAGGUCAAGAUGCUUCUGGACGAGGUGAAGAAGAACAGACACAUCCUCCUCAAGAAGUUUAACUGCGGCGUGUCGGUGGAUUUGAAGAAACAGAAGUGGGCAGAAAUCACAGAUCAGAUCAACGGUUUGGGAGAGAACCACAGAGAGGUUCGUCAGAUCAUGAAGAAGUGGGCCGACCUUAAAUGUGACGGAAAGCGCCGGAUGUUGGCCCUGAGGGGCCCCAACGGCCCCAACCUGAGGAAGAAGAAACUGGGCCCAGUGGAGAGGAUGGUCCACAGGAUCCUGAUGAUGAGUCCUAACAGAGAUGGCGAGAACGAUCAGGACAUGAGUCCCGAUGAGGAUUUUCCAAAGACUUUCCAGAAAGGUCAGUUCCUGAACGCAGCCCCCUAUUCCUACCUGAGCCUGAGUGAGAACUCAGAGUCUAACAGAGGAGUUCUCUCCUUCGACAAGUCGCCUCACUCCUCAUCAGAGAAAGAACUCGAAGAGCUGAUGGGUUCCUCUCCAGAGUUCAGCCAGGCUGAUGAUGAAGCUGCUUCCUCCCAGGACCUUUUGGCCAGAGACUCCAGGCAAAGAGUCAUCCACACGUACUCCAGGACCCAUCAGAACCAGAACCACAUCCAGAGCUCCCCUCAUGCAGUCUCCUCCUCCAGUUUCCCCUCAGAUGCUGCUGUCUCUACCUCCUUCUCUGCAGCUCCUCCAUUAUCUCCUGGAGGCUCCAGGAUGCCUCCUUUGCUCCUCCGUCCUUCCUCCUCAUCAGUUGCAACUAAUGGGGCUCUUCAUCCCACACCACACUCCUCUUCCUCCUUCCCUCCUCCUCCUCCCCCCUCCCCUCCUCCUCCCCCCUCCUCUUCAAACGCCUCCUCCUCCAACCUGCUGCCUCCUGGGUCAUCUCAGCGCCAGUCCCAGGCGCAGGUGGCCCAGCUGGCCUCCCAGAGCCUCCAGCAGCAGCGGGCGGGUCGAAUGCUCCUGACGUCGGUGUCCCAGUCCAUGGAAAUGCUGGCGCAGUCCGUGCAGCUGCUGGUGGAGAGCCAGCAGGAGUUUGUGCAGGAGUCCCUGCAGCUGCAGAGGGAGACGGUGGAAGUUCUGAGGGACUUUUCAAACACAGCGCUCCGUAUGCUUGGCGACAAAUUCAGCGGCGAACAGCUUUCUUCCAACCAUCCACCUCCUCCUCCAUCUGCAAACCUCCAGCAGCAUCCAGCUCCGCGUUUCUGAGGGACAAGAAGCUGGGUUUAAAUCCAGAAGGGGACAGAUUGUCCAACAGAAUCCUCUAUGUCUCAGCUGGACUUCCAGCUGGUUCUCAGUAUAAAAACAGGAUCUUGCUUCUGUUGGGAGACAAAGAAGCAUUUCAGGACUUAUUCAUCCUUUAAGGUCGAAACAGUAGUUUUUGUUGGUUUUAGAAAAUGAUUUGGCUCUGAUCCAGCCAAUGGGUUCAGAGAUAUUCUCUAUAUUCUAUUUUUAAUCAUUUCUGCAUAAAGUUUUGUUUAUUCACUCUAUUCUUUUUUUGUUAUCUUCUUUAACCUGUGAAAUAAGAACACGGUUAAGAAGGAAAGACAUUCUAUGAAACACUUACAAAGACUUUAAAAUCCAGCAUUUCAUCCUUUCCUGAUUCUACAGUGUGGUUGUCUGUCCGGCAAAUGACCCAAAGGGCAGUACCAGUAAGAUUUCUUUAUUUAUUGACUAUAAAAAGACAGAAAUCCUGCUGUGAGCUGCUACAUUUCUUUUAAUAAAUUAAGAUUAAGGUAAAUUAAGACUCUUUUCUUUCUGGUCUGUUUUUAGCGAUGAUCUCCUGUUAUUUCAUAUCUGUUUUACUUGAUGGCAGUUGAAUAAAAUUCUUCUAAAUGGG